GGCCGCCCGCACCGCAAGAUGCAGGCCAAUCAGAGCCCGGGGGCGGGGCCUGGGCAAUCACGCCCUCCCUCUGGGCUUAUUGAGAGUUAUAUCAAGAAAUUCAGUUCAGAGAGAGGAGAGAGAGGAGAGGGAGAAGGAGAGAGGGGCAGAGGAGAAGGGAGAGAGGGAGAGUAUGCGAGACGGAAAGGAGCGCCUUAGAGUCUCUGAAGCACGCAAGAAAUAACAGAUUAGGAAUUUUUCGGGCAACUGUCACCCGGAUAACGGUCAGAGAAUCACCAUCACCGCAACUCUGACGUUUCCUACAAGAAGUUAGAGACUUAAGCAGUACUGGCAUCGGAUGGAAAUGGUAUGCUUGAUGCUGUGGAAAAUAUCCCUGAGCUGAAGAAGUGCAACUGAAUGUUGUGUGUGUGCUACAUACCCAGAAGAACCCAGACCCAGUGGGGAAGAGAGACGAAAUGUGGAGAGAAUGACUAACGACAAAUCCGUGAAUUUGUUCUCUGGAGUUGCUAAUUUGCCAGUCCGAAGCAACACAUUUUACAGGGAGGAAACGUUUUGCUGCUUCUGAUUUCUCCCCAAACUGGUGCUACCAGAUGCAUGGCUUUCUAUGUGUUGGAACAAAUCAUUCCUAACUGCAGCAUACUGGGAAAGGAGAAAGGUUGAGGCAACUAACUGGCUGUCUCCAAAUAAGUGAUGAGAUAUAAUGCAUCCUCCAGUCCAUGCACGCUUCCUCUUCCAAUUUGUGCAUCAUUCCUCAGUGGAAACCUUUAAACCCUAAAAUCCAGGAAAAGAAAAUAAAUACAUUAUCAUGGACCUGAGGGAUUUUUACCUGUUGGCUGCUCUGAUUGCCUGUUUAAGGCUGGAUUCCGCAAUAGCUCAAGAACUUAUUUACACUAUUAGAGAGGAAUUGCCUGAAAAUGUGCCCAUAGGAAACAUACCAAAGGAUCUGAACAUUUCUCACAUCAAUGCUGCCACAGGGACCAGUGCCAGCCUUGUCUACAGACUGGUUUCUAAAGCUGGGGAUGCCCCUUUGGUGAAAGUAUCCAGCAGCACUGGAGAAAUUUUCACAACCUCCAACAGAAUAGACAGAGAAAAACUCUGUGCUGGUGCCUCAUAUGCUGAGGAGAAUGAGUGUUUCUUUGAACUUGAGGUGGUGAUCCUCCCCAAUGACUUCUUCAGGCUGAUCAAAAUAAAAAUAAUUGUCAAGGAUACCAAUGAUAAUGCCCCCAUGUUUCCAUCUCCUGUCAUCAAUAUUUCCAUUCCAGAAAACACUUUGAUCAACAGCCGCUUUCCAAUUCCAUCAGCAACAGAUCCUGACACAGGCUUCAAUGGUGUACAGCAUUAUGAAUUGUUAAAUGGGCAGAGUGUUUUUGGACUGGAUAUCGUGGAAACUCCGGAGGGAGAGAAGUGGCCACAAUUGAUUGUUCAGCAAAACUUGGAUAGAGAACAGAAAGAUACCUAUGUGAUGAAAAUCAAAGUAGAGGAUGGAGGCACUCCACAGAAAUCCAGUACGGCCAUACUGCAGGUCACAGUAAGUGAUGUAAAUGACAACCGGCCAGUGUUUAAAGAGGGUCAAGUGGAGGUGCAUAUUCCAGAGAAUGCUCCUGUAGGUACCUCUGUAAUUCAGCUCCAUGCCACUGAUGCAGAUAUAGGCAGUAAUGCUGAAAUCCGGUACAUUUUUGGUGCCCAGGUCGCCCCUGCAACCAAAAGACUCUUUGCUUUAAAUAAUACUACUGGGCUGAUUACAGUUCAGAGGUCCUUAGAUAGAGAGGAGACAGCCAUUCACAAAGUGACAGUGCUGGCUAGUGAUGGCAGCUCCACUCCUGCUCGAGCAACGGUUACCAUCAAUGUCACCGAUGUAAAUGAUAACCCUCCUAAUAUAGACCUCAGGUACAUUAUAAGUCCCAUCAAUGGCACCGUGUAUUUAUCUGAGAAAGAUCCUGUCAAUACAAAGAUUGCCCUAAUUACAGUUUCAGAUAAGGACACAGAUGUGAAUGGCAAAGUGAUCUGUUUUAUUGAAAGAGAGGUCCCAUUUCAUUUGAAGGCAGUAUAUGACAACCAAUAUUUGUUAGAGACCUCUUCUUUGUUGGACUAUGAGGGCACCAAAGAAUUCAGCUUUAAAAUUGUUGCCUCUGAUUCUGGGAAGCCCAGUUUAAAUCAGACUGCCCUGGUAAGGGUUAAGCUUGAGGAUGAAAAUGACAACCCACCAGUUUUCAACCAGCCUGUAAUUGAGCUGUCAGUUUCUGAAAACAACCGACGUGGGUUAUACUUAACAACUAUUAGUGCCACAGAUGAAGACAGUGGGAAAAAUGCAGACAUUGUUUAUCAGCUUGGACCGAAUGCCUCCUUCUUUGAUUUGGACCGAAAAACAGGAGUUUUGACAGCCUCCAGAGUCUUUGACAGAGAAGAACAAGAACGAUUCAUUUUUACAGUAACUGCGAGGGACAAUGGGACCCCUCCCCUCCAAAGCCAAGCUGCUGUGAUAGUUACUGUUCUGGAUGAGAAUGACAAUAGCCCCAAGUUUACUCAUAAUCAUUUUCAAUUUUUUGUGUCUGAGAAUCUGCCAAAGUAUAGUACUGUGGGGGUAAUCACAGUGACAGAUGCAGAUGCUGGAGAGAAUAAAGCUGUGACUCUUUCCAUUCUAAAUGACAAUGAUAAUUUUGUGUUGGAUCCCUAUUCUGGAGUCAUAAAGUCAAAUGUCUCAUUUGAUAGAGAACAGCAGAGUUCCUACACUUUUGAUGUCAAAGCUACUGAUGGAGGACAGCCACCUCGUUCCUCUACUGCAAAAGUAACUAUCAACGUCAUGGAUGUCAAUGACAACAGCCCAGUUGUCAUUUCUCCACCGUCUAAUACUUCCUUUAAGUUGGUGCCCCUCUCAGCCAUUCCUGGCUCCGUGGUAGCAGAAGUUUUUGCAGUGGAUGUUGACACUGGAAUGAAUGCCGAACUAAAGUAUACUAUAGUGAGUGGAAACAACAAAGGCUUAUUUCGGAUUGAUCCAGUAACAGGUAACAUUACUCUGGAAGAAAAACCAGCACCUACUGAUGUGGGAUUGCAUCGUUUGGUGGUCAACAUAAGUGACCUGGGGUACCCUAAGUCUUUGCACACGCUUGUGCUUGUAUUCCUUUAUGUUAACGAUACUGCUGGAAAUGCCUCCUAUAUCUAUGACUUGAUCCGCAGGACUAUGGAGACCCCGUUGGACAGGAACAUAGGGGAUAGUAGCCAACCCUAUCAAAAUGAGGACUAUCUAACCAUCAUGAUUGCCAUCAUCGCCGGUGCCAUGGUGGUCAUUGUUGUGAUCUUCGUCACCGUUCUGGUGCGCUGUCGCCAUGCAUCAAGGUUCAAAGCAGCCCAGAGGAGCAAGCAAGGUGCCGAAUGGAUGUCCCCAAACCAGGAGAACAAACAAAACAAGAAAAAGAAAAGAAAGAAAAGGAAGUCUCCCAAAAGCUCUCUUUUGAACUUUGUUACUAUCGAAGAGUCCAAACCCGAUGAUGCAGUUCAUGAACCUAUCAAUGGGACAAUAAGCCUGCCGGCUGAACUGGAGGAGCAAAGUAUAGGAAGAUUUGACUGGGGCCCGGCACCUCCAACAACGUUCAAGCCUAACAGUCCUGACCUGGCCAAGCACUACAAAUCUGCUUCUCCACAGCCUGCUUUUCAUCUCAAACCAGACACUCCAGUUUCCGUGAAAAAGCAUCAUGUGAUUCAGGAACUCCCUUUGGACAACACCUUUGUCGGGGGUUGUGACACCCUUUCUAAACGCUCUUCCACUAGUUCAGAUCACUUCAGUGCCUCAGAGUGCAGUUCCCAAGGAGGCUUCAAGACAAAGGGCCCCUUACACACGAGACAGUAGCAAGAUGGUAUCAGAAAUACUUUGAAAUAAUCCCUUUACUGAAGAGCUAAGUGACUGCAUCUGUCUCCUGUUUCUUUGUGUGUGCAGAAAGUGAAAAUGCUCAUUCAUAAUACGAAAAUGUAAGUCUGGUAGGCACCAAGGUUUUAAUAUUUAAUUUUCUACAUUAUAAAGCAGACUCUUCUCUGCCUUCCCAUAAAUGCAGAAAUGGAUAAGAUUAAUUAAACAUUAAACCAUUAUUCUUCCUAAAAGAAAAGUCUAUUGCUAUCAUGUUUGAUAUACUCUCUUUCCAAGGUGAUCUUUCCCAACUCUAACUCUCAUGCUUUUAAAAAAUUUUAAAAUAAUUAAUAAUAAGGAAUAUGGUCUUUUUAACUCUCAUUUUUCACUUUAAUUUUUUUCUCUGCUUUUAUUGCAAAAGGCUUUAAUAGGAAUUGUGAAUUGAAUCCAGAAUAGAUAAUUUAUUUGAUAUUAUCAGACCUGGUAGUUAUUCACUUAUUUUUGUAGUAGUGUCUUGUAGUGUCUGGAAAGAUAGAAAAACAAAUUUCGUUGCUGGCUCCUUUAGCUAUAGAGAGACUAUACACAUAUAAAAUCUCUCUAUGUAGAAUAUAUGAUUACCUCUAGCUAAAAUACAUACAUAUACAUAUAUACAUAUAUGUUUCUAGAGAAGAGUAUAUGAUUGUGCCCUUAGCAGCCAAGCUUGCUAGGGUUCAUGGUUAUAUUAUUUUAACCAGUGACUCAUUCUUAUAGACUAAUAAAUUCACAUGGUACAAAAAGGCCCAACAAUCCUGGACUCAAAAUAUGGAGUUGAAAUAAAGCCAGAUUAUUAGUUUGAAACACACACACACACACACAUUUUAUGCGUAUGUCCAUCAUGCAUUAUUACUAACAUGUAUAAACAUAACUCAUAAUUGCUUACACUUUUUAAACCAUAGGCAUAACUACCAUGAAUAUAAUUAUAGCAAUUGCCAGAUUCUGUUCAUCACAAAGAGUUGGUAUUGUUUUGUUUUGUUUUUCCCUUCUUUCUCUCUCCUUCUUUUAUUAGGCAAGGUCAUUAGCUAUUCUGUCAGAUGAUAUACCUUCUGUACUUUACAAUGAUAUGGAAGAAAACUCACAGACAUAUUCAGCAUAAAACAUAAAUAUAACAAUAAUGCUGAUAAAUAGUAAUAUUACAACAAAUUGUUCUCAGAGGAUUGACUUCUGUCCCAAGGUGGUGUUAAGUUAAAAAAAAAAAAUUAAAAAACAGUUUCCAGUAGGCAGGUGGUUAUCACCAGGCAGGAGAAUAUGUCUGCCUUUGGGGAGUGACAAAAUAAUUAAAUAGACCCAGCUCAAAGGGGAUACUUCUGCUAUCCCCUUUCUGACCAUUUUUGAGAGUAGAUGGGUUUUAGUAAAUCAUUAAACUCAUGUACCACUGAAAAUUAUCUGAAUAGGAUUAUAGACUUGGUGCUCCAUCCUCUCCCAGGAGGCACCCCAUCUUGAAACACAACAGUGGAAGCUCAACAUCUUCUAGAGGAAUUCAAUCAAUGGAAAUAGAUGUAACACCAUCGUUUAUCCAGAAGCCUCAGUGGUAACAGAGGCUCUACUUCCUACCUUCCACACUUUAACCAAAGCAAAAGUUUACAAUAAAUAGUACAAAUGGUGGGUGAAAUGACAGAGGGAGAGAGCAGAAGGGUGAUAAUAACCCCACUGAGUGAUAUGAAUUAAAUUAAAUAAGACUUAAAGAAGGUCUUUGUGGUACCCAACUGCCAUAACGUUGAUUAACCCUGCUGUGUUUCAGCACCAGGUCAUGCAAACCCUUUGAUACCAUUUCUUUGAGAUGUCAGUCACAUUUCAAUAACUUUUCAGCAUGGGCUUGUAAGUCUUGUCUCUUCAUUGACUUUGAAUGGGGCAAGUUGCUUAUGAAUGCAGCCUAAAGUGUCACUCAGAGAUACUUGCAUUGCAUUAUCUUUGAUUGGCAUGUCUGGGGGUUGUGGAAAAAUUUCAGCAUAUCCAAAUGUGCUUCUCUAAGCACUGUCUUUACAUGAGCAUUUUCUCCAGGAGAAUCGGCUCAUGCCCUUAUGAUGAUGACCUAUUAUUGCAGUGUUCACUCUCACUGUAGGCGAGGUACAUGGUAGGUUCAUGGGACUUGGGAACUCAGACUGCGUUUGCAAUUCUGAUUCCCAUAAGCCUUUGGGGCUACAAUUUAAUUAAUGUAUCACAUUACCUGCCACCUGCAGAGCUUAUCUAACAAGCUAAUUACUUUGAUGAGAAUACCUCUGUAAUAUCCUCCAAAAUGGCAAAAUCAAGUAGUACCAACGAGAUCCCAAAACAUCUAGUUCAUCUGGAAAGAAAAAUAAUAGAAGCAUUCCAUUUAUUAACAAAAUGACAGACAUAUAAACACCAGAUUUGCAAAUUAACUUUAUGGACAAAAAAGUGUUCCCGUCUCCAAUACUGACUCCCUUGCAACAGGUGACAUGAGUUGCCGGUAUCCACACUAGUGCAAUUAGAAAAGGUAUGGCUUGAUAUGAA